AUGCCAUACUCUCGCCCCGGAUCAUUCUACACCUACACGCAGACGGAUCCUCCAGCAACAAUUGCUCUUCUGGCAAUGUCUUUUCUCUGCUGGGACAUGAUCAUCACUUUCGGCGAUGAGGUAGAGUAUAUCUGGAGGUCAGCCUCCGUCCCUCGAAAGGCUUAUUAG